AUGGCUUCUGAGUUUAUCCAGGCAACCCCAGUGGCCGCCACUGAGGAUUAUUAUGACCUUGGAUGCUUUAGUCGCAAAGUCAGCACCAACAGUAUCGAUGCACAGAGAUGGUUCGAUCGGGGCCUUACUUGGGCUUACUCUUUUAACCACGAGGAAGCGGGCAACUGCUUCCAGCAAGUCAUUGCCCACGACCCGGACUGUGCCAUGGGUUACUGGGGAGUAGCCUUUGUCGCUGGUCCCAACUACAACAAGAAAUGGACUAUGUUUGAUGAGGACGACCUGAAGUAUUCAGUCAGAAAGGGUCACCAUGUUAUUCGAGCAGCCGAGGAACAUACGAUAAGCGCCAUGCCCUUUGAAAAGGCUUUGAUCAAAGCCUUACAAUACCGCUUUCCAACCGACUUUGUCGUCCAAGAUUUUGAUGCCAUUAAUAAAGCCUACGUGGACGCAAUGAGACGUGUCUACCGGGAUUUUGGAGAAACUGAUCUGGAUGUGAUCACGCUCUUUGCCGAUGCGCUGAUGAACAUGAAUCCAUGGGGGAUGUUUGAUGCUAGCACUGGCAAGCCAAUCUUGAGCACUCCUGUUCUGGAAGUGAAGGGGUUGCUCGAGAGUGGCCUAGCAUUCCCCAUGGCCAAAGAGCAUCCUGGGAUUCUGCACCUAUAUAUACACCUGAUGGAGGUGUCUGCCACUCCAGAAGUUGCGCUCGUGCCCGCAGACCACCUGCGUGAUCUUGUUCCUGAUGCUGGACAUCUCCGCCAUAUGCCAUCUCACCUGGACAUUCUUGUUGGCGACUACCGUCGAUCAAUUGACUGCAAUAUGAAAGCUACUUUUGCUGAUGACAAGUUUUUUGCGCGGCAAGGUGGGGAAAACUUCUAUAGCUUCUACCGGCUGCAUAACUACCACUCUCUAAUAUAUGCCUGCAUGCUUGCAGGCCAGUCAAAGAUCGCACUUGAGUCCACCACUCGCAUGGAGACCACCAUCACUGAGGAUAUGCUACGGAUUGAGUCACCACCCAUGGCUGAAUGGAUAGAAUUUUUCAAAUCGGUGCGAGUACAUGUCCUCAUCCGAUUUGGUUUCUGGGAGGGACUGAAGGAGCUCCCCAUUCCUGAGGAUAGGGAGCUCUACUGUGUGACUGUGGUUAUGACGCAUUACGGCAAGGCCAUCGCAUGGGCGGCCACCGGAAAUCUCGAGAAAGCAGACAAGGAGCGAGAACUCUUUUAUGCAGCGGCCAAGCGCGUGCCUCCGACGCGCAUGGACUUCCUUAAUCGAGUUGUCGAUGAACUUAAGGUUGUAGCGGCCAUGCUGGAUGGCGAGCUCGAAUAUCGACGGGGUAAUUACAAGGCUUCAUUUGCUAGCCUCCGCCAGGCCGUUCAUGAAGAGGACAAUCUCCACUAUUCGGAGCCGGGCUGGAUGCUGCCAUCACGACAUGCCUAUGCGGCACUUCUCCUCGAGCAGGACCAUGUGGCCGAGGCGGCAGAGGUUUAUGCAGAUGACCUCGCUCUCAGCUGUAAACUCAUUGGGCCUCACCGGCAUCCGAACAACGUCUGGGCCCUGCAUGGAUAUCAUGAAUGUAUGACACGGCUUGGGCGUACUACCGAGGCCCGAAUGAUUCAGAUUCCACUAAAGGUAGCAAUGGCCGUGGCGGAUAUUCCAAUCCAGUCAUCUUGCUUCUGCAGAUUGGAGACGGCCAACAAGCAAAGUAGCAAAUGAGGUUGCUCAUAGAGUAUUGGUCUUCUCGUUGAUUAUGUAUUCUUGCGUGGCAAUCUUUAUGAAAAGGCCUCAAAUUAGCAUAUAAAUCUUACUCCAUUAUCUGC